CUCGAACACAGGCAGCAGCACCGCAAGCAACACGACGCCCUCUUCUCUCUCCCACAGCCUCUUCUCUCGCCGCGGUCUGCUGUCCCGCACGCUGCCCACUGAAGCCGUCUUCCGCGCCCCUGGAGCUGCGGCUGCUCCUGCACUUCCACCAUGGCAUCUUCCCCAUCUAUGUUGACCAAGUUCGAGUCCAAGUCAUCGCGGGCCAAGGGCAUUGCCUUCCACCCCAAGAGACCAUGGAUCCUCGUAUCACUACACUCCUCGACCAUCCAAUUGUGGGACUACCGCAUGGGUACCCUCAUAGAUCGCUUUGAAGAGCACGACGGCCCGGUCCGCGGCAUCGACUUCCAUAAGACACAGCCAUUGUUCGUCUCCGGCGGCGAUGAUUACAAGAUCAAGGUCUGGUCCUACCAGACUCGCCGGUGUCUGUUCACCCUGAAUGGGCAUCUGGAUUACGUUCGCACCGUCUUCUUCCACCACGAGCUCCCGUGGAUCUUGAGUAGCUCCGAUGACCAGACAAUCCGCAUCUGGAAUUGGCAAAACCGCAGCCUCAUCUGCACCAUGACUGGACACAAUCAUUACACCAUGUGCGCGCAAUUCCAUCCUAAGGAGGACCUUAUCGUUUCCGCAUCGCUCGAUCAGUCUGUUCGCGUAUGGGAUAUCUCAGGGUUGAGAAAAAAGCACUCCGCGCCGACGGCGAUGUCGUUCGAGGAUCAGAUGGCCCGCGCCAACCAGAACCAGGCCGACAUGUUUGGAAACACGGAUGCGGUUGUAAAAUUCGUUCUCGAGGGCCACGACCGAGGUGUGAACUGGGUCGCGUUCCACCCCACACUUCCGCUUAUUGUAUCGGCGGGCGACGAUAGAUUGGUUAAGCUGUGGAGGAUGUCAGAGACCAAGGCAUGGGAGGUGGACACUUGCCGAGGGCAUUUCCAGAACGCAUCUGCAUGCCUGUUCCAUCCGCACCAGGAUCUUAUCCUUUCCGUUGGCGAAGACAAGACCGUGCGCGUAUGGGAUCUCAACCGCCGAACCUCUGUUCAAUCUUUCAAGAGAGAGAAUGAUCGGUUCUGGGUGAUCGCUGCACAUCCGGAGAUCAACCUGUUCGCGGCCGGCCACGACAACGGUGUGAUGGUAUUCAAGCUCGAGCGUGAGCGCCCCGCCUCCGCGGUCUACCAGAACAAUCUGUUCUAUAUCACCAAGGAGAAGCAUGUGCGCUCCUAUGACUUCGGGAAGAACAUUGAGUCUCCAUCCAUGCUUUCCCUGAAGAAGCUCGGUAGUGCUUGGGUCCCGCCGCGGACUCUCUCCUACAACCCGGCCGAGCGGUCCAUUCUCGUCACCUCUCCUGCCGACAGUGGAACGUAUGAGCUCAUCAGUUUGCCGCGCGAUGCAUCGGGAGCUGUAGAACCUACUGACACCAAAAGAGGCUCCGGUAACUCGGCCGUCUUUGUCGCCCGCAACAGGUUUGCAGUGUUCAAUCAGCAGAACCAGCAGAUCGAUAUCAAAGAUCUGGGCAACUCUACUACAAAAACGAUCAAGCCUCCGCAAGGAACGACCGAUAUAUACUUUGGCGGGACCGGCAAUCUGCUCCUUAUUACCCCGACAUCUGUCGUUCUCUACGACAUUCAGGCCAAGAAGAACCUUGCCGAGCUCUCCGUUAACGGUGUGAAAUACGUUGUGUGGUCUUCUGAUGGUCUUCACGUUGCGCUUUUGAGUAAACACAACGUCACCAUUGCCAACAAGAACCUAGAGCAGAUCAGCACGCUCCACGAGACUAUCCGUAUAAAGAGCGCUACCUGGGACGACGCCGGUGUUCUUCUCUACUCCACACUAAACCACGUCAAGUAUAGCUUGAUGAAUGGAGACAACGGCAUCGUGCGCACCUUGGAGCACACAGUAUACCUCGUGAAGGUCAAGGGACGCAACAUCUACUGCUUAGACCGAGCAGCGAAGCCCAAGGUCCUUCAAAUCGAUCCCACCGAGUACCGCUUCAAGCUGGCACUAGUCAAGCGUAACUACGACGAGAUGCUUAAUAUCAUCACAAAUUCGAGCCUCGUUGGCCAAAGCAUCAUUUCAUACCUACAGAAGAAGGGCUAUCCGGAGAUCGCGCUGCAGUUUGUUCAAGACCCGCAGACGCGGUUUGAGCUUGCGAUUGAGUGUGGCAACUUGGAUGUCGCUGUGGAGAUGGCUAAGCAGCUCGACCGACCUAAGCUCUGGCAACGUCUCAGCGUUGAGGCUCUGGCACACGGCAACCACCAAGUUGUAGAGAUGACUUACCAGAAACUCCGAAACUUCGACAAACUUUCAUUCCUUUACCUUUCCACGGGAGACCAGGAGAAGCUUAAGCGUAUGGCCAAGAUUGCCGAGCACCGUGGCGACAUGACCGCCCGCUUCCAAAAUGCUCUCUACCUUGGUGACGUACAAAACCGGAUUGAGAUGUUCCAGGAAAUCGAUCUCUAUCCCCUCGCAUACGCUACCGCCAAGGCACACGGUUUGGAGGAACAAGCGCAACAAAUACUUGAGGCCAGCGGUCUUACGGAAGACCAAAUCAACCUGCCAUCGAUUGGUGCUCAACUUACACCACCCAAGCCUAUCGUUCCAACGUACAAGGCUAAUUGGCCAACACACGCUGCGUCCUCUACAGUAUUCGAAAGGGCACUUGCUGGUGAGGUUGAAGGUGUCGGCGUGGAGGAGCCGGCAGCCAACGGUUACGGGGACGAAGAUCUCCUGGGUGAUGCCGAAGCGCCGAGUGCCGCUGUUGCUGAACUUGGCGGUGACGAGGAAGAAGAUGUGGGUGGCUGGGAUAUGGGCGACGAUGGUGAAGCUGAAGCCGAGGACGACUUCGUUGAGGUUGAAGGUGCAGAGACUGGUGCAGGCAGCAGCGAGGCAGAUUUAUGGGCUCGCAACUCUCCCUUAGCUGCGGACCAUGUUGCUGCAGGUUCGUUCGAAACCGCUAUGCAACUUCUGAACCGCCAGAUAGGCGCCGUGAACUUCGCGCCGCUCGAGUGGCGCUUCGAGGAGAUUUACCAAGCCACACGGACCUUCCUUCCAGCUACGCCGAACAUGCCUUCGAUUGUCAACUACGUACGAAGAACAGUCAACGAGACCGACUCACGGAAGAUUUUGCCCAUCAUACCGCGCGACCUUGAGUCAAUAUUAGCGAGCGAAUUGCCCGCUGGUAAGUCGGCAAUGUUGAAGAACAAGCUAGAAGACGGUGUCGCGGUCUUCAAGCGGUUAUUACAGCUGUUGAUCGUCAACGUUGUUUCCUCGCAAGCACAGCUGUCAGAGGCCAGGCAAGCGAUUCACACGGCCGCUCAAUAUGUAAUCGCCAUGUCCAUCGAAUUGGCGCGAAGGUCUCUCGUCCAGGGCGCGACUGACAUCUCUGGUCUCCCCGAAGACACUAGAAAGCGAGCUCUCGAGCUCUCGGCAUAUUUCACGAUUCCUGAGCUCGAGGGCCCUCACAAAUCUCUCCCACUUUCAGCGGCAAUGAACUUCGCCAACAAGAACAAGCAGCUGAAUACGGCACUCAAUUUCGCCAAUGCCCUUCUCGACCGCACCGCCAACGCAAAGCUGAAGGAACAGGCCAAGAGGGUAAAGACAACGGCGGAGCGUAAUCCGAAUGACGCUAUUGAAAUCGACUUUGAUCAGUUCGCUGACUUUGAGAUUUGUGCUGCAUCGUUCACACCGAUAUACCAAGGGAGUCCAUCUGCAGCGUGUCCCUAUGAUGGCGCUAAGUACCAUGCGAAGUACAAGGGCACGAUUUGUAAGAUCUGCGAGGUGUGCCAGAUCGGCGCCCCUGCGAGCGGACUGAGGCUGGUAGGUUGAAAGGACUGGUAGCGAAUAGUGUCUGACAAUUUUUGGUCUGGGGCCAUUUGGAGUGCUGUAGCGUAUGCAGUUAGAUUUGUCCUACAUUGUCGGGAAUAAGAGGUUUGAUGAGAAGCCCGCAGAGGGAAAUGACGGGACGCCGAAGACAGGUGUAUGUACCUGUAGACAAAAUGCCAUGAGAUAAUGUUCACCCAC